AAUAUUGUCCCACUGAAUUCUGGGAGAAAACCACGUCCAUUUCAAGAUGGCGUUCAGUUGCCGGUUACGAGGAAUUUCGAAGCGAUUACAGGAUGUUUUUAAGAUGCAAUCCAGACUGACAACCACAGCAGCUUUAGAAGGGAGCAAAAGCAACCCAAAAAUGUGGUUUGCAUUUGGUGCCCUUGCUGCUGGGGGUCUUGCUACUGGUUACAUUCUUCAGCCGAGUGUUGGUGCCGCAGAUCUUGAACUUCACCCUCCACACUUCCCUUGGGAUCAUAAAGGUCUCCUUAGUUCACUGGAUCAUGCAAGUAUUCGGCGGGGCUAUGAAGUUUAUAGACAAGUUUGUGCUGCUUGUCAUUCAAUGGACCAGUUAGCGUAUCGUCAUCUUGUGGGUGUAGCUUACACUGAGGAUGAAAUGAAAGCUAUUGCCGCAGAGGUAUGGAAACAAACUCCUUUCAUGACUUGGUCAUGUACGCUUAAAUUUUGUAGUUUUGUAACAUACAUGUACAUAAACAGAGUUCUCCCGAAAAUAUGGUUUGCAUUUGGUGCCCUUGCUGCUGGGGGUCUUGCUACUGGUUACAUUCUUCAGCCAAGUGUUGGUGCCGCAGAUCUUGAACUUCACCCUCCACACUUCCCUUGGGAUCAUAAAGGUCUCCUUAGUUCACUGGAUCAUGCAAGUAUUCGGCGGGGCUAUGAAGUUUAUAGACAAGUUUGUGCUGCUUGUCAUUCAAUGGACCAGUUAGCGUAUCGUCAUCUUGUGGGUGUAGCUUACACUGAGGAUGAAAUGAAAGCUAUUGCCGCAGAGUUACUGACAACUGGUGCAUUUAAUUUCUGCCAGGACUAUGUGUUUGCCAUCCUUACAGGAUACAUGGAUCCUCCUGCUGGAGUAGAGGUUAAGGAAGACUUGUACUUCAAUCCGUACUUCCCUGGGCAGUCAAUAGCCAUGGCACCAGCAUUGUACAACGAGAUCAUUGAAUAUGAGGAUGGUACUCCUGCUACUGUUAGUCAGUUGGCUAAAGAUGUGUGCACAUUCCUUAAAUGGGCUGCAGAACCUGAACACGAUGAUCGCAAAAGAAUGGGAAUGAAGGUAAAUGUCAGUGUACGUGAAUGCAAACAGGCCAAAUUAACCUUAACUGUUCACGGUUACACUAGUGAUUCACAACGUACGUUGUAUCCCUUCUCAGGUAAACCAGUACAACUUAAGAUUGUUGUUUACUUAAGUGUGGCCCUGCAG